AUGUCUGGUGUCAGUAAAAAUAUUGUCAUUUUUAAUGGAGCAUUCCGAAGAUGCUGGAUUCAGAAACGUUUUCAGUCUGACAAGGUGAAAGGCCAUGUUGUUGGCAUUGACUUGGGUACAACUAACAGUUGUGUGGCUGUGAUGGAGGGCAAGCAGGCAAAAGUCCUGGAAAAUGCUGAAGGUUCUAGAACAACACCAUCUGUUGUAGCAUUCACCAAAGAUGGGGAACGUUUAGUUGGGAUGCCAGCCAAGCGUCAGGCAGUAACAAAUGCAGCAAAUACACUACAUGCAACCAAGCGUUUAAUUGGCCGUCGUUUUGAGGAUCCUGAAGUGCAGAAAGACAUGAAAACAGUUCCCUAUAAAAUUGUGAAAUCUUCAAAUGGAGAUGCUUGGUUGGAAGCUCAGGGCAAGGUGUACUCUCCGAGUCAAGUUGGUGCUUUUGUUUUGAUCAAAAUGAAGGAGACUGCAG